AUGGGCAAGUGGAUGAUGCAGUUCGCCAGAUAUUCAACUGCACUUAUGGUCGUAGAUCCUGAGUGCGCUCAGAAUAGCACCGUAUUUUCGAGGUAUCAACUAGAGAUUGGCUAUUUGGCUGAUGAGUCAUCUUGUCGCGAUGCUCUUGAGGCCGACGCUAAGUAUCGAAGGUCUAUCUCGAAGCGAGUUAUGUCGGGUAUUCCUCUGUGGAGCUGCUUUACCGAGGGUCAGUUCAGAAGCUUCUUUGAUAGAUGCUUAUCUGAGGCCGCAGGGAGGAAAGCGUAUCGAGGUGCUGCAACUCCUCCCUGGAGUUAUAAGGGUAAAGGAUACGGUAAAGGCUCUGGAAAAGGCGUUGGCAAAGCAAUGAGCAAGGGUGGCAUGGGCCCCAAGGGUGGUUCAAUGACAUCCUGGUCAUCUAGCGACAACUCAUCUUGGCAUCAAACUUGGGGACCGAAGGAUCAGAAUAUCAUGAGAGGGUCUGAAAGCCACCCUCAGGCUAGUGCCGCCAAGAAGACGAAGGCCGAGGGACACUGA